AGCCUCGCAGCCAACUUUCCGUCCCAUCCUUUCCUGAAAUCCGAAUCGAACAAAUGGCGUUAUUCUGAAUUGAGUUUCUUAUUCUGAAUUCCUCACAACUCUAACGCAGCAUUCUCUUGUAUCUGCGGGAUCCAGACGGAGAUGUCACGCAGUCGAAAGAGCAGGCACUUCUGGAGCGAGGAGGAGACGGAUCUGCUGCUGCAGACGCUGAAGCAGAUGAACAUCGACCGCUACACCGACGGACGGAAGCACCGCAACAGCCUGAUCUUCCGGAAGGUGUGCGCGCGGCACCGGGAGGCCGGCUUCGCGCGCUCCUGCGACCAGGUCAAGCACCGCUGGAAGACGCUCAAGGCCAUCUACUACAAAGCCAAGAGGCAGAGCAGCAGCUCCAGCUUCAAGCACUUCGACACGAUGGAGGAGAUCUUCGGACACAGGCCUCUGGUGCUCGUCACGAGCCCCCGCAGCGACCACAGAGACGGAUCCGCUCGCGACAGCAGAGAUGAUGAAGAGGAGGAGGAGGAGGAGGAGGGUGAGGAGGGUGAGGAGGAGGAAGAUAAUGUAGAGGAUGAUGUGGAAGGUGGAAUCCAGGAAAUCCAGUCAGUGAAGAUGGAGAACGAGCCCCUGAUCCUCACACAAGCGUCACAAGAGAGCUCCAGCGCGUCCACAGAGACCUCCACCUCCAGCUCCACGCAGCCGAGCGCCGCUCCAGGCGUGCUGAAGCGCAGACGCUCGUGUUGCGCUGGGCUGCACAGUCAGUAUCAGGGCUUUCUGGAGAGACUGCAGCAGACGCAGAACGCCUGGCUGGAGCAGCAGCUGGAGCAGAGUCACAUCCGAGAGGAGCGUCUGGUGGCACAAGUGCUGGCAGAACACACCCGAUCCAUGGAGGCUUUGGUCAACCAGCUGUUCGCGGGCUUGAGGAGCCUCCUGCCCCCGUCCUGUCCCCAUCCCCAGACGUCAGCCCUGCAGAGCAGCAGUCCUGAAUCCUGAAUCACACAUAGACCUCAACCCCUCACAUGCACUCUUCAUCCUGACGCUCUCUCAGAGUUCACAUUCAGCAGCCCUGGACUGAGAUGUUAAAGGUAGUGAUAACUAGGGAUGGCCGUAUCAAUCCUAAAGUAUCGAUAUUGAUGCAAAUAUCUGAAGUAUUGAUGCUCAAAUUAAAAAUAUCGCUACUAAGGUGUGUUUUAUUUACCUGUGUUUUUGUUUGUUCAAUUAUAGUAUCUGUAGAGUUUUAACUACUGUAAACUAGUGUUGUCAAAAGUACUGAGCGUGAUACCAUUCAGUACUAAAGUUUUAAAAAGUCCAUUUCCCGCCAAGAUGUUGGGCAGAUUCUGAAAUGGCGCAGAUUGGCCAUUGUGUUCACGUGCUGUUUUAAGAAUCUGCUAAACAGCCCUCAAAUCUUAGUGGGAAAUAUACAUUUCCAUAUUCUGUAGCAAAUGGUAUCGCGGUCUGUACUUUUGACAACAUUAUAGUAAACAUAUUUUAACCAUGUAUAAUAGGGAUGGGCGAUAUGGGUUUAAAAAUAUAUCACAAUAAUUUCUGAUAUUUAUUGUGAUAAUGAUAUCAGCGAUGAUAAUUCAGGGGAUUAUAUGCAUCCAUGACAAAAAAAAAAAAAAAAAAAAUCCUGUUACUUUAGAGAAAAGUAUUCUCUUUUCCAUUUUUUGCCAAAACAGGGUGUUGUUAGCAUUACUAAGUACACACGUAAUGUAAUUAUGGUUGGGUAUCGUUUGAAUUUUAUCAAUUCUGAUUCAGAUUCUGCUUAUUGACUUUGAUUAUUUUCUAUUACCUGUUUCGAUUCCAAUGUGAUUAAAUAAUGAUAUCAAACAUUUA